GAAGAGCUUGUCGCAGAACGUUGUCUGGGGCUGUCCUCUAGUUUGGAGUGCUCUGUCACAACUCAACCCCUUUGUGUUGGUGCGAAAUGUCUACCACUCCUUCUUGGAGCUCCACUGGCUCAACUACCCCAACAUCAUCAUAGCUGUGGCUGUAUUGGGUCUCAUGUAUUACUACCUGUACCUGCCUAUCAACUGGAUAAAAGAUCUGAGUGAUGUGGGGUAUGACUACUUGACCGAAACACCCCAGUACAAAGCCAUGCGCAAGUCCAAGCGAGAAUUGGUUAAAGAGGUGAGAAGGCGACGAAGGAUUGGGGAUCUUCCCCCUGUCUACCCCAACGGAUGGUUUGCUCUGGCCGAGUCUAGUGACGUCCCAGCUGGCCAAGUGAAGUACGUCGAAGCUCUUGGUGAGAACUUUGCAGUGUUCAGGAGCAAGGAUGGUAGGGCGUAUGUACUAGACGCCUACUGUCCUCACCUCGGGGCCAACAUGGGCAUUGGUGGAGUAGUCAAGGGUGACUGUCUUGAGUGUCCCUUUCAUGGCUGGCAGUUCCGGGGGCAAGAUGGCAAAUGUUCUGAGAUACCUUACGCUGCAAAAGUUCCUAGUUUUGCCAAAGUGAAGAAGUGGGAGAGUUGUGAGGUGAAUGACUUCAUCUUUGUGUGGUACCAUGCAGAGGGUGAGGCACCCUCUUGGCAAGUGGAGGUCACGGAGGAGAUACAUAGCGGAGAGUGGUGGUACCGUGGCCGCUCUGAGUUCAUCAUCAACUCUCACAUUGAGGAAAUUCCUGAGAACGGAGCAGACAUUGCACAUCUAAACGCCAUUCAUGCACCGUCACUGUUGGGUGGCAGUGACCUCCGUUACUAUGAGCGCAUGUGGCACAGCUUCGCCAGACACACCUGGUCGGCAACAUGGCGACAACACACAACUCCGGGUGAGGAACACAUUGGCACUAUGAACCUGGACCACGAUGUCAGGCUGUUCAACAAGUUCAGCUUCAUCUCAAUGAAAGUUAAUGCAAGACAGAUUGGGCCAGGUUACGUGUACAUGAACCUGAUGACCAGUAUUGGUCCCAUCGGCAUCGUGCAGGUUGUGACGCCUAUAGAGCCUCUGCUACAGAGGGUAGUUCACCGAGUCUACUGCCCACCUCUGCUCAUGUUGUAUGCUACCAUCACUCUCAUAGGGGAGGCCAUCAUGAUUGAAAGAGACAUCAUGGUCUGGAACCACAAGAAGUACGUGAAGCCAUUGCUGGUGAAGGAGGACCAAGCCAUUGUGAGACAUAGAAGAUGGUACAGUCAGUUCUACUCUGCUAACAGUCCGAGGUUUACCUUCCAGAGAGAUUCCCUGGACUGGUAGACAUUUGUGUAUGAUUGUGUAAAUAUACUGUACAGUUGUAGUACUUUACAACAAGCUAUAAGUACAAAU